CUCUGCUUCCUGCCUGGCGGAGGGAGGGACGGUGCUGACGGCUGGGAGGGCGAGUUAAACGACAAGAAAGCCUGAGAAAAAGAUAGAAAAGAAGGCAAAAGGCCUGGGGUUCCACCUUCCGUUGGAGUUCUAAGUUCAGCUUGACACCGCUCAGCGAGCCAAUCUAAUGCAAUGUCGUCCAGUCGUCAGCAUAGCGAGAGCAGGGCCAUUCCAACCAGGACGGUGCUGAUCGACGACUCAACGCAGCUACCUCACGAUUAUUGCACCACUCCUGGAGGCACUUUAUUUUCAACUACCCCGGGCGGUACCCGGAUCAUCUAUGACCGUAAAUUCCUGUUAGACCGGCGUAACUCCCCUAUAGCCCAGACUCCACCAGCACAUCUGCCGGUCAUCCCUGGAGUGACAAGCCAAAACAUCCUCAAUGAGAACAAGAAGAAUGAAGCUAAUAUCAAUAACCAUGAUGGCAAACCAGGAGCAGGUGAAGAUGCUCAGUUUGAGAUGGACAUAUAAAGAAGAGGAACCAACAUGAAGAGCGAAUAAUAACCUGGCGUCCAUGUGCCAGUGGCUUGGCUUGUAGAAACCAAUGUUGUGAGCCCUCUCCUUUAGCUCUCUCUAGCUGUUGGUUGCUAAAUAAUCAUGGGGAUAGUCGACUCCUGUUGGCCCAUUGGGCUGCUGGAGCCCUGAAAGUUAACAAAUGAUUCUGAUACGUUUGAUUAGGUUUCAGGGCUACCAACAGCUGUACAUGUUUUGGCCACACAGCAAGGGAAAUGUCUGUAUUUAAGUGCCCAAGUGUAACAAUUAAUGUAAACCGAUUCACUUGCAAAACAGCCACCAAGAGAUUUUUUUUUUUCAUUGUAAUUAGUGCCAUUUUUCAUAGCAAGUUAAAUGAUCCAAAAUGCUCACCCGGUGUCUGUCAUCCAGACAUCUACUCAUCCGUGCACAUUGUUACCUCCUUGUUGUUUCAUAAUUUUUUCAGUAGUCAACAUUUUUCAGUAUAUUUUAUUUUUUAAAUUUCCAUAAAAGGUCUAGUAGCAUUGAUGAGCAUCAUGUGUUUUGGUUCAGAUUUAAAGAGUAUCAUUUUCAUUCCAAGCCUUUGAAUUGGGCAUAGAUGCAUAGCUGGAUCCAUUGUUUUCUUUUUAUUACAAAUUUUCAGAUUCAGCAUGGGGGAAAAUAGUUUUAUAAAAUGCCUAAACCAUGGACCUUAAGGAAGUGUUGCAGUUAAAAUCCUGCCAAAUUUCUACCCCAUUUCUCCCCCCCCUUAUUUAAGGCAAAAAAAUCUGUUGAGAAGGUGGGGGAUAGUGAUGACCAGGUGGCCUGGUUUUUAGCCAGUGAUACUGUGUUCAAUUUACAGAUCCUGCUAGCAAUAUAAUUUGCCCCGCCUUUGAUUUAUGAGAAAAUCCUGAUGAUACUUGAAGCAUUACCAUCAGCUUUGUGGUCACUGAGUCUAAAAGAACACACAUACUGUAGUAAAAGUGACCUAAGAUUAGUUGUUGGUGGUCAAAAGUAAUAACAUGCACCGCUUUGGACCAGUGACUGGUUAAAUAUGAUUUAUAAAUAGGUAAUGAACAGAAAGGAGCCCCAUUCCAGAGCUGGUCUCAAGAUGCACUUCUGUCAUGUACAAUAUCACUGUUAACUCUUAUAGGUGAAAUAACAGGGAAGUGUGUGUGUGUAUGUGUAUAUCAUAAUGCCAGUUGUGACGUCUACUUUCGCUUUCCGUUUGCUAUUAUGUUUCCAAAGCUGUAACAUCGGAUCAAAGGUAGGAAAGCACUGAAGUGUUGUCAGUAAGGUUGUGCUGCUAUUAUGCAUCAUUGAUCAUGCAGUUAGGGGAAUUGUAACAGCAUUUGAGCUGAUGGAUAGUUGCAGUGACCUGACAGGGUAUUAUUAUUUUAAAAAAAAAAUUUUUUUUAAAGAAAGAUGAUAAAUGGCUUAAAAGCUUGAAUGAAACCAUUUCUAAUACUCCUCUAUGCAUAGUUUAAGCUCUUGUGUAUCUUCUCAGAUGUCAGCAUUAUAAAAAUGUUGUAUUUCUGUGAACUCCUCCCCCCUCCUCAUGGGAAAUGGGCAAGGUUUGAGCUUUUCCACAGGAGAGCAAAGCGAUUGUCUUUAAAAAGUGACUUACAAGAGAAUACGGUUCAUUCUCUGCUUUAGAGCUUUUGUACUUAAAUCAUUCGUCUGUCUUUUAGCGCAAGUCUCUGUACCCAUGCCUUACUUUACUAAGCAUCACAACUGUGACUUAAAGAAGUUUAGUCCCCCACCAAAUUUAAACUUUUUUUUCCCUUUUCUGAGUUCAGGAUUAAGGUGUUUAUCACAAUACAUUUAUAUUUUUGGAGACAUGUUUUAUUUUUCUCUGCUUUAGAGGUAAAAGGUUUGGGCUUGCAGCAAGAUAUUGGUUGAAAUAAGUGAUUGGGUUAACUUAAAUUGUAACUGAUUUGGAUUUAAUAGCUCAUGAUUUCUGCUGAGCAUUGCAAACUGAUUAAUUCCCAGCUGGUUUAUUUUUCUACCAUUUUUGAAUUUACAGUUAACACAUUUCUGAUUUAAAUACCAAUUGGCAAGAUGAAAUGUUGAAGCAGAUGUGUUUGCUGAAUGUACUCUAAUAUAUUGUGAGCUUUCAAAUCCAGUGUCUUUCAACCCCUUAACUGAAACAUUGUGUAUUUUACAUACCGUACCCAUCGGAAUUCAUAAAUUGCCCUUCAGAGAUGGUUAUAUCUUUUUGUAAGAGCCUUCCCAGAUUAAUUUACUAAAUGGUAUACAAAAAGUGGCACAAAGGUUUUGUUUUUUUUUAAUUCUGUAAUUGAGACCCUGUAAAAUUGACAUUUAAAUUAAAUUCCAAUGCCAAUGGACACUAUUACAGCAAAAUCAAUAAAAGUUCCUUGGGGAAAAA